AUGCGCAUUACGCCUGCGCGAUUGAGAGUCUCCGUGGCGUUUCCAUUUGGCUGCGGAAGAGACAUGCCUAGUACGUUGCCUCAUAAUGCGGUACAGAGAGACUACCAGGUGAGUACUUCUGUUGUUCAAUGGUUACCUCGUCUCAUCGCUGCCACAGUGUGCAUUGCGCAUCAUCAACAGUCGACAAAGACGCAAUAGGCCGAAGACUGCAUCGGGCAAUGAUGCCCAAGUGUCUUCGGAAAGCGGUACACCAGACUUGCGAGGUACACCAGGAAUUGCUGGCAUGUCAUUGUGGCUUCAAAAACUCGGCCAUUCGGUAAAUCGAUCGCAUUGAGCCUUUGCUUCGAGUGGUCCUGGCACUACUGACCAAACGCCAAGGAAGACGACAUCAACCGAUUAAAUAUCGUUCAUGUCGCGGGAACCAAGGGCAAAGGCAGUACUUGCGCAUUCACGGAAUCGUUGCUACGAGUCCACGGACGAAGGACAGGCUUCCCAAGCAAGACGGGUCUAUAUACCUCUCCCCAUUUGAUAAAUCCUGAAGAACGCAUACGGAUCAAUACCGAGCCUAUAUCGCAGAAUACGCUUGCGAAGUACUUCUUCGAAGUAUACGAUCACCUGACGCAACUAGCCGAAGAAUUCGACCCGUCCAAGGAAAUUGUGCAUCGAGGACCGGGGUAUCUCCAGCUCUGGGCACUCCUCGCAUUCCACGUAUUCAUUCGCGAGCAGGUGGAUGUUGCUAUACUGGAGACACACUGUGGAGGCCAAUACGAUGCGACAAACAUCGUCCAAAAACCCAUUGUCACUGCUAUAUCGACUCUAGGCAUGGACCAUAUUGAUAUGCUAGGUCCAACCAUCGAGAAUAUCGCCUGGCAUAAAGCGGGCAUUUUCAAGCUUGGAGCACACGCCCUCUCAUCACCUCAAGAGGCGACUGCGGCCAGAAUGCUAGAAGAACGAAGUGCGGCUGUGCACCAACCGGUCCGCUUCAUCGACCCUAGACCUCUCGGCCUCAAGCCCCAGAUCCAAAAUACCAACGCCUCUCUUGCAAUAGAGGCCAGUAACGCUUACCUUCAAACGUGUGCACCAGACCCGGCAUCCGCCUUGACCGAAGAAGACGUGGUGACGGGUCUUUCGCACCUCUCCUGGCCGGGCCGCUUCCAGACCAUACACGACCCGCAGAAGGAUCACUGCACCUGGUACUUGGACUCCGCCCACAAUGACAUGUCCGUGAAACUCGCGGCGGAAUGGUUCGCGGCUGAAACCGAGGCUGUCGAGGCAACGCGGAUCCUAAUAUUCUCCCACAUCAACGAAUUGCGCUCGGCGUCCGCAUUGCUUCGCACGCUCGGAGAAGCGCUGAAGACGAACGGCGCGCUCGUGGACCAUGUCAUCCUCAGUACAUAUGACGAAUCCUCCGCGGCCUCGGGUGCAACAACAACAGAUUCGAUUCAAGAUUCACACAAGCUCUUGCAGGUCGUCUGGGGUGCGAUUCUUCCUGACAGCAAAGUUUGGAGUGAGCCGACAAUCCAGGGCGCUAUUGCACGGGGGAGAGAGCUAGGCAACGGCGACCCGAAUGGAAUGCAAACACUGAUUACUGGCAGUCAGCACUUGGUCGGCCCUGCGCUGCGGAUCCUUGAAAGGCAACCGACAAUUCCAUGA